CGUCUUUUUCUCCACAAGCUGACCUUGCGUGGGUAGAAGAGGAGGCGGCGGCGGUGCGACUAGGGGGACGUCCCUGGCGGGAUGCGCGCUUAGCGGCGGCCCUGGCUGAGCGCAGGCCCCGUCAGCUGCACCUGGCGCCGGGGUAGAAGCGGCCGCGGGGCACCGCGCCCUUCGACUGGGGACCUGCUAUGGAGAAGCAAAGGGAGGGCGAGCCGUUCUCCCAUCCCCUAGAGCCGGAGGCCGAGCCCGAACCGCAGCCAGCGCCUGCACCGCCGCCGGGAGAGAAGCGUUUCAGGCUGUGGUACGUGGGCUCGUCAUGCUUGGACCGGCGGACCACGCUGCCUAUGCUGCCCUGGCUGGUGGCCGAGAUCCGCCGCCGCGGGCAGCGGCAGGAGCCCGGCGGCACCCUGGGCAGUGGGGUGCCGGCCCGAGAGGUGCUGCUGCUGCUAGGUUGGCCCACUCUGCGCUGCGUGCCCGCUGGACCCGGCAGCCCUGGUCGUCCCGGUAGCCCCGCGCCCACCGUCUUCAUCUUCGAGCACAAGCCACAGCACAUCUCCCGCUUCAUCCACAACAGCCACGACCUCACCUAUUUCGCCUACCUGAUCAAGGCGCAGCCCGACAACCCCGACUCCUUGAUGGCCUGCCACGUCUUCCGGGCCACCGACCCCAAUCAGGUUUCUGAGGUCAUCAGCAGCAUAAGACAAGUCUCCAAAGCAGCACUGAAAGAGGAUGCCAAGCCAAGUAAGGAUAGUGAAGAUGCCUUCUAUGACUCUCAAAAAUUUGAGGUCUUAUACUGUGGAAAGGUAACAGUGGCUCACAAGAAAGCUCCCUCCACACUAAUAGAUGAUUGCAUUGAGAAAUUCAGCCUUCAUGAGCAGCAACGCCUGAAGCUCUUAAACGAGCAGCGGAAUAAUGAAUCAAGCUUGGACUUAGCCCUGUGUGAGGGAAAUAUGCCAACUUCUCCAUUAGAUAGCCCAUUUGAGGAGCUGGAGAGCCCAAAUAAUGCUGCAGGGCAUGCUGCAAUGUUUACAAUUGGCAGCCAGACCAACUUGGCCAACCUGGCCAGCACUCGUAGCUCCUUUCCAGAGCGAAUUUUAGAGGACUCUGGCUUUGAUGAGCAACAAGAGUUUCGCUCCCGGUGCAGCAGUGUCACUGCUGUUACACAAAGAAGGGUUCAUGACACCAGCCUGAAAAUACAGGCACGGAGAAGACAUGCAAGUGCACCCAGUCAUGUUCAGCCUUCUGAUUCUGAGAAGAACAGGACAAUGUUGUUCCAGGUUGGAAGGUUUGAAGUUAACCUGAUCAGUCCGGACACCAAAUCUGUUGUGCUUGAAAAGAAUUUUAAAGAUAUCUCCUCAUGUUCUCAGGGUAUAAAACAUGUGGAUCACUUCGGUUUUAUUUGCCGGGAAUCUGUUGAACCUGGAUUUAGCCAGUAUGUUUGCUAUGUGUUCCAGUGUGCAAGUGAGUCUCUGGUUGAUGAGGUAAUGCUCACCCUGAAACAAGCCUUUAGCACUGCUGCAGCUCUGCAAAAUGCCAAGACACAGAUUAAGCUCUGUGAGGCUUGCCCAAUGCAUUCUUUGCACAAACUUUGUGAAAGAAUUGAAGGACUCUAUCCACCAAGAGCCAAACUUGUAAUUCAGAGACAUCUGUCAUCACUAACUGAUAAUGAGCAAGCAGACAUUUUUGAGCGUGUUCAGAAAAUGAAGCCUGACAGUGACCAGGAGGAAAAUGAACUUGUGAUCUUACAUCUACGCCAGCUCUGUGAAAAUAAGCAGAAAACACACAUUCACAUUGGUGAAACACCAUCGACCGUUUCUAACAGUGCGAUUCCAGAAAGUACCACAAGUGGUGGCAGGUUUAAACUUGACGUUCUGAAAAACAAGGCCAAGAAAUCCUUGACUAGCUCUCUGGAAAAUAUCUUCUCAAGGGGAGCCAACAGAAUGCGAGGCCGCCUGGGAAGCGUGGACAGCUUUGAGCGCUGCAACAGCCUUGCUUCUGACAGGGACGCUUCACCAGGCGAUUCCCCACCAGCGACUCCUCCGGCGUCCCCCGUGUCCUCAGCCUGGCAGCCGUUUCCCGAGGAAGACUCAGACUCUCCCCAGUUCAGGAGGCGUGCACACACCUUCAGCCACCCACCCUCCAGUGCCAGGCGGAGAAUAACCUUUCAGAACGGGCGGUCCCAGAGUGUCCGGUCCCCGCUGCUGCGGCAGAACUGCGUUGAGGCAACAAGUCCUAUUGGGGUUCGUCGCGCUCUCAAUGAGAGUGAAUCUGCAUCAUCUGGCCUCCCCUCCUCUGUCUCUGCCCCUUCUUUCCUGAAAAGCUUUUACCAGGGCUCAGGAAGGUUGCUCCAGCAUUCAGAAAGUGACCUUUCAAAGAGUGAUGGGGAUGGAAAGAAAAGAACAUCAACCAUCUGCAGCAGUGAAUCUCUAAAUGCUGUGGGGGCAACGCUUACACCUCGCCGCAUUUCCUGGCGGCGGAGAAUAUUCCUGCAGGUAGCUUCACCUAUGAAUAAAUCUCCUGCCAAGAUGCAGCAUCCAGAUGAUCAUGAUGGAAAUGAGUUAUUACCAUUAUCUCCUCUUGCUCCACCCCUGGAGGAGGACCCACUUGCUCUAGUACUGCAAAAUGAAGAUGGUCCCGAUAAAACUGGAGAGAGGAAAAACUCAGAAGAACUACAAAGUUUGUGGAGAAAAGCCAUCCAUCAACAAAUCCUUUUGCUCCGAAUGGAAAAAGAAAACCAGAAGCUGGAAGCAAGCAGAGAUGAGCUCCAAUCAAGAAAAGUGAAACUGGAUUAUGAUGAAGUUGGUACCUGUCAGAAAGAUGUCAUAAAUGUUUGGGAUAAGAAGUUAAUUAACUGCAGAGCCAAAAUCCGAUGUGACAUGGAAGAUAUUCAUUCCACUUUGAAAGAAGGUGUACCAAAAAGUCGUCGGGGAGAAAUAUGGCAGUUUUUGGCUGUACAGCACCGAGUCAGACACAGACUACCAAACAAGCAACAGCCUCCUGACAUCUCAUACAAAGAACUUCUGAAACAACUGACAGCUCAACAGCAUGCCAUCCUUGUAGAUCUCGGACGGACAUUCCCUACACAUCCUUACUUCUCUGCUCACCUUGGAGCAGGACAGCUGUCACUCUUCAAUCUCCUGAAAGCAUACUCUUUGCUGGACAAAGAAGUGGGUUAUUGUCAAGGUAUUAGCUUUGUGGCUGGCGUGCUGCUUCUGCAUAUGAGUGAAGAACAGGCCUUCGAAAUGCUCAAAUUCCUUAUGUAUGACCUUGGCUUCCGCAAACAGUACAGGCCAGACAUGAUGUCGCUACAGAUUCAGAUGUAUCAGCUCUCAAGGCUUCUUCAUGAUUAUCACAGAGACCUAUAUAAUCAUCUUGAAGAAAAUGAAAUCAGUCCCAGUCUUUAUGCUGCACCAUGGUUUCUUACGCUGUUCGCAUCUCAGUUUCCAUUAGGAUUUGUAGCCAGAGUAUUUGAUAUUAUUUUUCUUCAAGGAACAGAAGUCAUAUUUAAAGUAGCACUGAGCCUGCUUAGCAGUCAAGAAGCUGCUAUAAUGGGAUGUGAAAGUUUUGAGAACAUUGUUGAUUUUCUUAAAACCACUAUUCCAGAUAUGACUCAGCCUCAAAUGGAAAAAAUUAUUACUCAGGUAUUUGAGAUGGAUAUUUCAAAACAGCUCCAUGCCUAUGAAGUUGAAUAUCAUGUUCUUCAGGAUGAACUGCAGGAAAAUGCCAAUCCCUGUGAUGAAGGUGAACCCCUGGAGAAGCUGGAGAGGGCAAACAGUCAUCUGAAGAGACAAAAUAUGGAUUUGUUGGAGAAGCUACAGGUUGCUCAUGCUAAAAUCCAAAGUCUGGAAUCCAGCCUGGAGACUCUUUUGACUCGAGAGAACAAAAUGAAAACUGCAAUUCAGUCCUUGGAACAGGAGAAGUUAACGUAUCAAAAGACACUGGAGCAGAUAAUAAAGUAUUUGCCAGCACAAGCAUUGUCUGACUGUGAACUACUCCUGAAGGAAGUAAACUACAAUCCAAAUAAUAAAAUAAGGAGUAAGCCAUAAAGCAGGGUAUUCUAGGCAGCAUUUCUUCAAAAUAAAACCCAAAACCAAAAGAAAAAAAAUAAAGGGAAAGAAAAAUGAGUAUUCUGCUUCUCAAAGGACUUAGCAAUAGCAUUAUCCAAAACUAGUGCUGGGCCCAUCAUAGCUACAGAUGGGCCUUCAAAUGUCAGUAUGCAAAUCCAAGCUAUUAAAUUUUUUAUGGUUAUGUAAAUAAAUCACAAGGGGAAAAUAAAGCAUUCUAAUAUGUAAUUAUGUGUAGAUGUAUAUUUGGAGUUGACCUAAAGGAAAAGAGAAAUUUCAGUAGUCAAAGCCAAGGUAAUGGUGAUUUACUAAUUCCCUCUGGGUGUGCUUGUCUUGUAGUGAAAAGAGGAUAGUGUGUCUUUCUAUCUAUGUAUGUUGAAUAAUACUUGAAGGAAAAAAAAAGAAGAAUGUAAUUUUCCCUCCAAAGAGCAGCAUGUUUCACAUCUUCUGCAGAAAGUCCCUGUGAUUCCAUGCGUGCCUCUCUUUUAAUUCUGCUGACAUCGCGUGCUCAGUCCAAUAAGCAGAAUAAGUGUCCUGACUUGAUUCUCUUACAAAAAGAGCUCUAGUGCCAUCCACUGCCUGGGCUGUACCAGUCAGCAACGUAAUUCCACAUGCAUGUUGGAACUGGAAACAAAAAGCAUCAUAGCUCCACCUUUGUGUCUCAGAGCUAAGAAGUAGGUAUCAAUGCACACUCGCAGAACUCAUAAAGGCAAGAGCUAAUGGUGACUGCUAAUUCCCUUCCUGGCCUGUUUGCUUCUGAUAGGAGGAAGGAAGCAAGGCUGUGGGGAUGGUAUUUAUUCUGAUGUUCAUUUUCCACAGGACACUGUCAUAAGAGUUAGGUUUGUAAGGAAUUCUUCUUUAACCAAAGAAAUACUACAAGAAACCUUGUUUUGUCAUAGUGGCAGUCAGGAAGGUGUUCUUAUAUCUUAUUGGAAGUGCAGACUGAGGCAGGUUGCAGGAAGUUGAGCAUAAGUGCAUGAGACAGGACCAAGCAAGUUCCAGAUAUUGUGUACCUUUCAGUUUUCACAUACGUAGUGGGUAUGUUUCCAAGGGGAUUCUGAAGUACAGGUGUAGUUUUAAUAAUGCUUUCCAGGUUAUUCCUGUUUUAAUAUGCUUUGUGGUGUUCUUUUUAAAACAAGUCAUGGAUUGGAGUGUUUUGGGUAGAAGAUGAGGUAAGCUCUGAUCAUUUCAAGAGAGAAUAUUUGUUUCUAAAGAUGUAAAAAGAUGCAUAUAGAUUUCAAAAUGGUUUUGAGUGGAAUUUUUGAGAAGGCUUAGACAAGUGUGUAAUAGACAUGUUUUGGAGUGCACGUCUGAACUCUUGAGUGCUGUGGUGGCUCUCUUACCAUUUAUACUGUAUUUCAGGAAAUGUUCUUUUUAGUAAGAAAAAACAAUUAAAGUGCCAAAUCCAGCAGUGUCUUUGUGCAUAAGAUUGCCCAGUUGAGAAAGCAAGGACUGAAUAUCUCUGCUUUCUAAGUAUUACACUUCAACUUAACAUAAAAGUGAGGAGCAACAAAGCUGAUUUGCUGCACUCUGCUGUGGAACUUAGGGGCUCAGGAUCUCCUGGGUUGAGUUUGGUUUGGGGGUUUGUUGUUUUUGUUUUGGUUUGGUUUUUUUUUUACUUCCAUGAUGUUUUAUUUGAUUAAAGAUAUUGAUUUACUUAACAAUCUUUCUUUUUACAUUUCAGGUUGAAAUGUCUUAACACUGUGUAUAAAAUUAUGUGGAAUCUGUCUAGAGAUUUCAAGAUUAUUGUGUUGUACUAGGAGGGAAAAUGCCAACUGAAAAGGCAAUUCUUUGCAGUUCUGUUCAGAGUACAUUUCAGCUGAUGUAUAUGUACAAAAGCAAUCCCAGGAUCUGCAGUAGUGUAUAUUACAAAAAAUCAAGGUUCUUCAGAUGCAUUUUUUUUUAAGAUGCACUGAAUGUGCUUUAUCCUCAGUUUCACUUUUGAAAAUUUUCAUGUAAUGCCUGGAGAAAUUCCAAUAAAUGUCAUUGCUGCAUUUCCCAUGGA